AUGACUUCUGCUCCCCUAAACGCGUCAACAUCUGGUGGGAAAUCACUCAAUAUCUCGUCCCAUUCGUCUCUCCAACAACACCAAACUUCAAUCACUUCUCCUGCCUUUGACUCGAGUUCUAGACGUUCUAGCCACCAGUCCACUCCUAUACAUACAUCUGCCCGGAACAAUCAGGUCCGCAAGAAGCACCACAAGAACUUCACGAAGCCGAGACUUGGAAACGACGACGAAAUGGCGGAAUCUGGUGCCAUGAGAAAUGCCAACAGCCGCCGGGGUCAAACUUCUAUUACCCAUCUUAUGAACUUCACUCUUCCCCCUCGACCUCAAGAUUACCGAAACACCAUUGCUCGCGGAACACGAAGGGGGAACAUCUAUGGUAUUGGGUCCGGCCACCAUUCCAGCGAUAAGGCAAGAUACAUACAUGCCAAUUACCGCUUCAUUGUGAAACCCUACGGUAAUUACAAGCCGCAAGCCAUCAAUGCCGAUCAGCACCUCGACUGGAAUGAUGUCUUACAAAUUCUCGCCUCUUCAGUAUCUCAAGAAGCAUCAUGUCCAAUUUGCCUCUCGCAUCCUGUAGCACCAAGGAUGGCAAAAUGCGGUCAUAUAUUCUGUUUGCCUUGCCUUAUCCGCUACAUGCAUUCUACUGACGAGACAAAUCCGCUGCCGGAAAAGAAGGCGCGCUGGAAAAAAUGCCCGAUUUGUUGGGAUUCGGUGUAUAUUUCGGAGACGAAACCUGUGAGGUGGUACACGGGACAAGAGGGGGCUUCACCACGGGAGGGAGACGAUGUUGUGCUAAGACUUGUGAUGAGGCAGCCGGGAAGCACUCUCGCUCUUCCGCGGGAUGGGGCCGAUGCGCUCGGCAAAGCGGAAGAUAUUCCUUGGUAUUUUGCUGCAGAAGUCACCGAUUAUGCUCGGAUCAUGAAGGGCAGUGAGGAGUAUAUGUUGGAACAAUUCGAUAAUGAGAUCGAGGAACUGAAACGUCAAGAGAACGAGGACGAGUUGAUGUUUGGCGAAGAGCCCGAGUGGACGAAGAAAGCAGUCAAUGCUGUCAACGCUGCAAAAGAGAACAUACGGGGAGUCGGUGAUCCACCAUUAAUGCCCAAACAACCGGCAGAGAAGAAACCGAAGCGGCAACCUAUUCAGUUCAAACCGAUCGAGAACGUGCCCGAAAUUUACUUCAUCGAAAACUCCUCGCAGUCAGGUCUUGACCUGCCCAUUUUGCCAUCUCCGAUCUCCGAUUCUUCUGAGCAGCAAACUGCCGCUCAACAACAUCCGGCUCCCAAACCCCUGUAUCAACAUACUUCAAAUGGAGCCCAUCGCCCUGAUGAUCCGUACUUUUUCUACCAAGGUUUACUCCACUACUAUCUUGCCCCCCUUGAUAUCCGAAUCUUGAAAUCUGCUUUUGGCAACUUUGCGUCUUUCCCUUCCACUCUUCUUCCUCGCGUUGAGCGCGUUUCUACAGGUCACAUAAUGGAUGAUGAAUUACGAAAACGAACGAAAUACCUUUCCCAUCUCCCCUACGGCUGCGAAGUGGGCUUUCUUGAAUGUAAUUGGACCGAUGUCGUUGCCCCUGAAAUAUUAGAACAGUUCCUACCAGAGAUCGAGAAAAGAAGGAAGCGAAAUAGAGACAAAGAGAAUCGAGAAGAAAAGGAUAGAUUACGGGCAGAGAAAGCGGAAGAUGAGGCGCGGUGGGCGACCGCGAGAAGGAAACGACCGAUUAUGGCUACAGAAAACUUCUCCGAGGACGACUUCCAUCCCUUGGCUUCUUCAUCACUUGAUGCUACAAAUGCAUCUCCGCCGUGGGCUACUCGGCAAGGGUCAUCAUUCGCAUCUCUUGCAUCCCCUUCUACGAGCCCGUGUGCCCCGAGAACUGUGUGGGGAACUACCGUGAUUGCGCCAGCAUCCCCCGACUUCCAACCCCAGCAAUUGGAGAACGAUGGUGACGAUGGGUGGUUACAUUCUUGGGAGCAAGAAAUACUUGCCGAGAACGAGCUCAUUGCGCAGGUUCAAGCAACUUCAUUAGGCGGCCAGGAGAAUCAGAAGGUUGGACUGGGCGGACCUGUGAGUGGAGGUGGAGGGCAGCAAGGAAAGAAGAAGAAGGCGAAGAAAAUCACACUCAUGAGCACGAAUGCUCGAAGAGCGGCUUGA